UAACACACUGGUUCAGUAUACGAUUGGACAAUAAUAAUUUUGUUUUGUCUUAAACUGUUUUAUCACAUGCUAGUGUUUUAUGCCCUAAGGUUUAUUGCCUACAUAUGAUUAUUCAAACAUUUCUAUAAUAUAUGUUAUUUCCGUUGUGUUUCUGUCAUAGGAACCAAAGAGUCUUUCUGUUGCCAUCCUCACAGUGAAGCAUUCUCGUCUUCCUGACAUUGCCUUGUCCUGAGGCAGGUUCUUGCUGUAUUCUACUGCCAGCAGUGAUGUUCAUGUAUUAAGAUGCUAAGACUCUAUUCAGAAUACGUGGUAGCAUAGAAUAAAGCUUUACAAAUAAAUGGAAUUAUGUUAUAUGAAAAUUACAAAAUACCACAGGUCUACAAUCAAUAGUUGUGAAAUCAAAAUCAAAUAUAGAUCUGGUUUAUUAUAUGCUUGCAACUAACUAGCUGUUUGCAUUGCUGAUGAUCAGUGCACUCUUUUUUUUUUGUCUUUGGCCAUGCAUCAAAGUUCGUGGAAUCUUAGAUCCUGGACCAGAGACUGAACCUGGACCCUCUGGAGUGGAAGGUAGAGUCUUGAUCAUUUAAGCACCUGGGAAGUUCCUGGAACCACUGUCUUGAGUAGCCGAAUGGGAUUCAGUCCACACUGUGCAUUAAGAAGCAGAUUUGACAAAUACUUAACCUGUCUGGGUAUAGGUUACACUCCUCUGUAUGACUAAGUUCCCUUCAGUUCCUGCUUAAUAAAUUUGUGAAGAAGAAGAAGAAGUGAUCACAUGAGUAUCUCCAGUGAUUAACUUUACAUAUUAGUUCUCUUUAAAUGUUAUACAUGGAACCCUUUAAAGCUGCUGGUAACAGAAAACACAAGAAGCAAAUAUUUCCAAGUGGGAACUAUUGUUAAGUGGAGGAUAUUGGAUUGCAGUUGACACUAUGCAUGUAGCCCAUGCCUCAUAUUCCCACGCAGGACAUGCUAACUCACAAGUACCAGUGACUGUGAACUGAGAGGAUGGCCAGCAGCUUUUUCAUAAUAGGCAUGAUCAUCUUAACACAGACCGUGGUUGGAAUCCUGGGGAAUUUCUCACUCCUUUGCAGUUAUAUCGUCCUUCACGUCAUGGGUUACAGGUUAAGGUCCACAGAUUUGAUCCUUAAGCACCUGAUUGUAGCCAACUCCUUGGUCCUCGUCUGUAAAGGGGUCCCCCAGACAAUGGCAAUCUUUGGGUGGAAGCAGAUCCGCAGUGAUUUUGGCUGCAAACUUCUCUUCUUUCUGCACAGAGUGGGGAGGGGAGUGUCCAUCGGCAGCAUCUGCCUCUUGAGUGUCUUUCAGGUGAUCACAAUCAGUCCCUGGAACUCCAGGUGUGCAGCACUGAAAGUAACAGCUCCCAAGUACACUGUUCCCUGUCUUUCCCUGUGUUGGAUCCUGAAAAUGCUGGUAAAUGUCAUUUUUCCCAUCUAUAUAACUGGCAAAUGGAGUCACAAUAACAUCACAGAGGAAAGAGAUUAUGGCUGCUGUUCUACUAUUCUUACUGACCAGAAGAAUAAAAAAACCAGAGAUGCCUUGUCUGCAGCAUUGCUAUCACUCCCUGAUAUUUUAUGUUUGGGGCUCAUGCUCUGGCCCGGCGGCUCCAUGGUUCUGAUCCUGUACAGACAUAAGCAGCAGGUCCAGCACAUUCGUAGGACCGACGCCUCUUCCUGGUCCUCCCCUGAAUCCAGAGCUACUAAAACCAUCCUUCUCCUGGGGGGCACCUUUGUCUGCUUUUAUACUCUUUCCUCCAUUUUUCAAGUUCUUAUGGCUCUUUUUGUUCAGCCCAGCUGGUUCUUUGUGAACAUGACUGUAAUCAUAGCAGCGUGCUUCCCAACUGUCAGCCCCUUUCUGCUCAUGAGCCGUGACUCCAGUGUACACAGGCUCUACUUUGCCUGGAAAAGAAAUGCAAAGUCCUCUACUAUUAUGAGAAAAGUGUGAAUUUUAUUUAUUUCUAUAAUGAGCCAUUGCCAGCUCAUUUAUUCACCCUCAGAAUCCUAAUUUAAAUUUUGAAUUUCAAGAUAAUAUACCGGACAUGCCAAAUGUCUUCAAUAUAAAGACCAGUUGAAAUAUAUUGUCAUGAAAUAUGCAUACCUCAUAAAAAUCAUAUCAUUGAAGUUUCCU